GGUGAUUGGAUGUGGCAGUUUUCGGUUGGCAUAUACUUAGUGAACCUCGCUGGCCAAGAAUUAAGAUUGGCUGCAAUUUUUGGGCUGACAGGUGGCGUGAGUGUCCUCUUGUUUGGGGGCAUCAUCGGAGAGUGGGUUGACAGGAAUGGGAGGUUGAAAGUUGUAAGGAUAUCUCUCUUCAUACAAAACUUUUCCGUAGCCAUGAGUUCUGUGUGCGUUUGUGUCGUCCUAGGUCUAGAGCCAGUCGUUGACGCUCUGAAGGAAGGAGCAUUUGGUAAAUAUAUCAUGAUACUGGUUAUUGGCAUGGCAGUUGUUGCCCAGUUGUCCAGUGUGGCUUACAAGAUAGCCAUUGAGAAGGAUUGGAUUGUGGUCAUCACAGCCGACAACACUUCCUUAUUAACUAAUUUAAAUGCAGUAACGAGGUCUCUGGACCUGGCUUGCAAAAUCGUGUCACCGUUGACAGUGGGUCUCAUCAUGUCCUACUCCUCUCUUGUUGUUUCGGCUGUUGUCCUCGCUGCCUGGAAUGUUCUUUCUGUCUUUCUGGAGUAUGCCAUACUUCUCCGCAUUUACAACAUGGUGCCUCAACUAGCCAUCAAAGGAGGGGAGUAUAAAAAGUGGGAUACAACAACGAAGACAACAGCAGCAACAGCAGCAGCAGCAGCGACAACAAACGAAAACGAGACUACGAAAGAAGUGAAGGAGAAACGUUGCGUGGAGAAGGUUUUCGAACCUUUUGUCAUUUUGUUCAGUGGUUGGAAGGUUUACGCCCGUCAGUCUGUUCUCUACGCUGGCAUCUCACUGGCCUGUCUCUACAUGACUGUUAUGGGAUUUGAUAGCAUAACUGUCGGUUACAUAUACGCGAAUGACGUGAAUGAGGCACUUGUGGGGCUGUGCAUGGGGCUGGCGGGCUUCGUUGGAAUCAUUGGAGCGUUCGCAUUCACGCGCAUGGCAAAAAGAUUUGGAUUGGAAAGAACUGGCGUGUUUGCGUACACGGCUGAAGUUGUCUGUCUCAUCUUGGCUGUGGCUUCCAUCUGGGCACCUGGAACCAAAUUCGAUCCGACGCGGCGAACAUUUUUAAAUCACAACUACUCUUCUUCGGUUCUUCAAGGCUCCAAUGUAAGUUCAUCAUCGGAAAAUAACUUGCAAUCCAGUUUAACCGGUAGCUCGUUGAAUACUACUAAGGAAGGAGAUGGUGACAGAGUGAAAAGUCUUGUAAACUUUUCCAACAUCUCGAUGAUUCUCCUUCUUGUCGGGAUUAUUUCUUCUAGAUUGGGAUUGUGGAUGGCGGAUCUAGUGGUCACUCAACUCCUCCAGGAGAACAUAGAUGAGUGUGAACGCGGUGUGGUGAACGGAGUGCAGAACUCGUUGAACAUGCUGAUGGACAUGUUGAAGUUCGUCCUAGUCAUGUUGCUACCUCAGAUUGAAAUCUUCGGCCUGCACAUUAUCCUCUCCUUCAUCUUCAUCUUUGUUGGCAUGCUCUUCUUCUACUACUACGCGUUC